UCCUGUCGCUGACUUCCGGGUUGGCUUUGAAGAGAAGUUUAGCGCCUGUGUUUUGUGUGCUGUGCUGCCAGGAGCUCGGCGGAGACCAUGGAUGGUCCGGAAAACCACAUGAAUUCAGUGACCUAUGAUGAUGUGCAUGUUGCCUUCACUUGGGAAGAGUGGACUUUGUUGGACCCUUCCCAGAAGAAUCUCUACCAAAAUGUGAUGCUUGAGACCUACAUGAACCUCACUACUAUAGGAUACAGAUGGGAAGACCAUAAUAUGGAAGAACAUUGUCAAAGUUCUAGAAGACAUGAAAGGCAUGAAGAACGACAAACUGGAGAGGAAAGACAAACUGGAGAGAAGCCUUCUGUAUAUACUCAGUGUGCUAAAGCCUUUGCAUAUGACAGUCAUCUUCAAGGGCGUGAAAGAACACAUACUGGAGACAAACCCUAUCAAUGUAAUCAAUGUGGUAAAGCCUUUGCACGUCAAAGAAAUCUUCAAGUCCAUAAAAGAACACACACUGGAGAGAAACCCUAUGAAUGUGAUCAGUGUGGUAAAGCCUUGUCUCAUCACAGUACUCUUCAAAUGCAUAAAAGAAUAAUACAUACCGGAGAUAAACCCUUUGAAUGUACUCAGUGUGGUAAAGCUUUUGCAUGUCAUAGUCAUCUUCAAGUACAUAAAAGAACACAUACUGGAGACAAACCCUAUGAAUGUAAUCAGUGUGGUAAAGCCUUUUCUCAUCACAGUUCUCUUCAGAAGCACAAAAGAACACAUACUGGAGAGAAACCCUAUGAAUGUGGUCAGUGUGGUAAAGCUUUUGCAUGUCACAGUCAUCUUCAAAGGCAUAAGAGAACACAUACUGGAGACAAACCCUAUGAAUGUAAUCAGUGUGGUAAAGCCUUUUCUCAUCACAGUACUCUUCAAAGACAUAAAAGAACACAUACUGGAGAGAAACCCUAUGAAUGUGAUCAGUGUGGUAAAGCCUUUUCUCAUCACAGUUCUCUUCAAAUGCAUAAAAGAACACAUACUGGAGAGAAACCCUAUGGAUGUAAUCAGUGUGGUAAAGCUUUUGCAUGUCAUAGUCAUCUUCAAGUACAUAAAAGAACACACACUGGAGAGAAACCCUAUGUGUGUGAUCAGUGUGGUAAAGCCUUUUCUCAGCACAGUACUCUUCAAAUGCAUAAAAGAACACAUACUGGAGAGAAACCCUAUGAAUGUGAUCAGUGUGGUAAAGCUUUUGCAUGUGACAGUCAUCUUCAAAGGCAUAAAAGAACACAUACUGGAGAGAAACCUGAUGAAUGUAAUCAAUUUUUUUUUAGCCUAUGUACUUAUCAAUAGUCUUUGAAAUCAUGAGGAAAAAAAAUCAUACUUCACUGAAACCCUAUAAAAAUAGUCAGUGUGGUAAAGUUUUACCCUUUAUACAGGAGUAAAACUUUUUUUGUGUUCAAUCUAUUCAAGCUUUUGCAUAUUAUAAUAGGCUUUGAGUACCUGAAAAGUGAAGAAAGGGCUUUUUAUUAUAAAAGAUUUGGUAAGGUCUUUAGCUAACACACAAUCAAUUUCAAAACAGUAUUUAUUCUGUAGGAAAAAAACAUCAAUGGUUUCAACAAUCGGUUCAAGCAUUAUGCUCUCUGUUUUUAUAUUGUUUGCACUAGCAAACUCAUGAAAAAAAGCAAUUUGUGAACCCUGUGUGUAGGGUAAGUGGGCCAGCUGAAGAAACACACACUGAUCCUGCAAACAGCACCAGUGAAACACAGACUGUGGCCCUGAAACUCGAGCAAAAGAAACACACACUGCCCUUAAGCCGGAGCCAAAGAAACACUCUUUGCCCCUAAUCCAGAGCCCAGCAAAGGAAUGCUCUAGCCCUGAACCAGAGCCAAAAUGUUAGAAUGGACCAAUGAAAGAAACACAUCUUGUUCCUGAAUCCAGAACCAAGGAAAUACACUCUACCUUUGACCAAGUAAGUGCAAACCAACUGAUCCCUGAGAUUGAAACCAACCAAACUGUGAGCAUGAAGUCCAGCCAGUCUCUGGGACUGGUUAGGCCCAGGCAUUGAAAUCCAACCAAUUUCUACCCUGAAAAUUUUAUUCCUGGAAAAUCUCCACCCCAAGAAGUCCUAUGUAAGGCAUGUGCUUGUUCAGUUGGCAGUUGCCUUUUCCACUCUGGCAGAGACAGCCAUUCCUCCCCAGCAAAUCUGAAUUUUGCGUGAAGACCUUCUUACGUGUGAGCUGAUCAGAAACUUCCUUAGCGGGGCAGAGCAGAGAAACAAUGAACACAUCUGUUGUCAAACUCCCUUAGGGAAACAGAGCAGAAUGAGCAACCUAGUCCCAGAGCCCGAGCAGACUGUUAGAUUUCUGCAGUGGUUUCUGCUAUAGUUGAAGCAGAGUAGGAACAGUUUGGGGUGGAGCUGAGGAAAAACAUCCAUCUCGCCAGGGAAACUCCCUUGGAGCAGAGCAGAGAGGCAUGGAUACCUCUUGGGAAUCUCCCUGAGGGGAGUGGGGCAGGGCAGCAACAGACAUCUCUGCUUGGAAACUCUUGCCUGUAGCUGUGAUGGCUCUCUCUCAGAGAGGAGCAGGAUUGCUAUUCCCUGCAGGAGACCAUCUCCCACUGGAACACAGCUUCAUGCAUAGGCUGGCAUCUGCCAGUCAGGAUUCCUUUCUCCUCACAGCUGUAGGUAUCCAAUACUUUUACCUCUAAUCUGUAAGUAUAGCCUGCCUCGUGACAGUCAGCGUACGGUUCCUUCCAGAGCUGUAACACUUGCACCAUGAAUUUAAAGGAUAAUGUAACCCUUUAGAUUUUAUACUUCUCUUCGAUUGCUUGAAAUAUCUAAUUCAGGUGUAAAAGUUUAGGGGUUUGUUUUAAUUUCUUAUCUGUUCCUGUGAUAUAAGGUCUGUGUCAACUUAUAAGAAUUUAAUUUGGCCAGGCUUUGGUGGCACACGCCUUUAAUCCCAGCACUCGGGAGGCAGAGGCAGGCGGAUCUCUGUGAGUUCGAGACCAGCCUGGACUACCAAGCGAGUUCCAGGACAGCUUCCAAAGCCACAGAGAAACCCUGUCUCGAAAAAAACCAAAAAAAAAAAAAAAAAAAAAAAGAAUUUAAUUUGUCCUUUGUCCUUCCAAAUAUUAUGCUCACCAGUACACCAGGGGUUGGAAAGACCAUUCUAGGCAAAGAACUUGCAUCAAGAUCAGGACUGAAGGACAUGAAUGUGGGUGAUUUAAGUCUGAUCACCGGAUAUCAUGGAGUCUGGCAAGCUGGCUUCCCCCAAGAGCAUGCUGAAAGGUACACAGAUGAUGGCACAGAUCCUGAAGGAUAUGGGGAUUACAGGAUAUGAGCUGAGAGUUAUAAAUCAGAUGUUGGAGUUUGCCUUCCGAUGUGUGACCUCAAUUCUAGAUGAUGCUAAAGUUUAUUCAAGCCAAGCCAAGAAAGCUCCUGUUGAUGCAGAUGAUGUGCGAUUGGCAAUUCAGUGCCGUGCAGACCAGUCUUUCACUUCUCCUCCCCCAAGAGAUUUUUAUUAGGUACCGUGCAGACCAGUCUUUCACUUCUCCUCCCCCAAGAGAUCUUUAUUAGGUAUUGCAAGACAAAGACAUCAAACCCCUUUGCCAUUGAUCAAGCCAUACUCAGGUCCUAGAGCGCCACCCGAUAGGUACUGUGUAACUAUAGGCUUAAGUCUUUGAAAAAGAAAAAAGGCAUCUGCUCCUGCAGGAAGAAUAACAGUUCCCAGGUUAAGUGUUGGUUCAGUUUCUAGCAGACCAAGUACUCCCACACUAGGCACACCAACUCCACAAACUGUGUCUGUCUCAACUAAAGUAGGCACUCCAGUGGCCCUCACAGGACAAAGGUUUACAGUCCAGAUGCCUGCUUCUCAGUCCCCUGCUGUGAAAGCAUCAAUUCCUGCAACAUCAGCAGUUCAGAAUGUUCUGAUUAAUCCAUCACUGAUUGGGUCCAAAAACAUUCUUAACUACUACUAAUACGGUAUACCAAAAUACAGCCAAUGAGUCAGCAAAUGCGCUGAAAAGAAAAUGUGAAAAUUAUGAUGAUAUUGCUGCUGCUGCUGACUAUGAUAAUUUGUAAUCCAGUCUGGAUGCUUGUAAUAUGUAUACUUGGUCUUGAAGCCAUUGUACUGAAAUUACACAAGCAUGUUAGAUGUUUUAAAGCUGUAUUUUAGAAAAUGGUAUUUAAGAAGUAUACAUACUAUGCUUUUCAAUUGAAAUGUUCAGUUUUAAUAGAACUGGUAAUGGUUUCUCAUCUACCUUUAUGCAUAAAAAUAAAAUUGUCAUUUAUCAAUUUGGAAAAAAAAGAAUUUAAUUUGGCAUCUUGGUUCCAGAGGGAUGCAGGAUCACCAUGAAAGUGGCAUGGCAAGUAGUGUCAGAAUGGAAGCUAUAGCAGCAGGCUAAGAACUCACACCCUCAACCUGCAGCAUGAAGCAGAGUGGGAACUGGAAAUGGUGUCUGGAUGCAAAUUCUCAAUGCCUACCCCCAGGGACACAUUCAUCCAGAAGGGCAUCAUUUCCUAAAUCUCCCCAAAUGGUACCAUCAACUUAGACCUCAAGCCUAUAUGCUUCUUUUCAGUUACAUAUACCAAUCCACGAUGAAGAAAAACUCUAAGUAAGCUGUCAGAUACCUCAACACCUGUGUUACAGGAAUGAAUGCUUACAAUAGAAAAACUUUCAUGAUUGAAAAA